GAGAGUUCCGCUGAACCAGCUCACAUCUGCGUGCUCGCAGAAAUAAACUUAUUUUUAAGUGUUUUGGGAACGCCACUGUGCUUUAGACUGAGCAGUUCCGAGUUGAGUAGGACCCAAACAUAUCAACAAGCCCAGUGAAUGUUUUCACUUUAGACGAAAAUAUCUUUAAAUCAUCAGAAAGUUACUUAAACGUACACGGAGCCAAGUUUGUUUUUGUUGUUGUUAGUAGUGUGAGUGAGUCAUGGCGUUUCGGACGGCGUAGAAAAGCAUUGUGCAUUGCAUAAAAAAAGCGUGCAUCAGCAGCAACCCGCACACAACAGUUGACCGGAAUCAGCGGCACUGCGAGCCCCCCCGCCCCAAGCCGAGUCUACUCCAGUUGAGACGGUGGAGGAACCAAAUCGCACGGAAGGAUUUGCAACAGCUGCGCCCAUAUCUACACGCACGCACCCACACACACAGUCGCAGCAGGCAACAGUCAGUGUCACAUACUCGCCAGCACACUCUCGACCAGCCACGCACUCACACAAGCAACAGAAGCCGUCUGUCGUCACAGUUGAGUACUUUUCGGUUUAUUUUUUAUGUUCAGCCACGGGCGGCAGCACUGAGUGGAGAAGCCGCAGCAGCAACAGUCGUCGUCGUCGUCGCUAGUGGAGAGUGAAGAGAGUGGAGAGUGUCGCAACCAGUGAGACCAGGGAACCGAAGCAGCGGGAAGACUGUUCACACACAGCAAUAGAAAACAUAGUGUGUGUGUGCGCGAGUGUGUGUGCCAGAGACGCAGAGGAGCGACAGAGAGAGGAAGAGACAGACAGCCCAGACCCAGAGCAACCCACUUUCGCCAGUCGGAACCGAGCCAGCAGCAAGCAGCAGUCAGCCACUACCACCAUGGUGGAUCGUCUUGUCAACUCGGAGGCCAACACGCGCCGCAUCGCCUCCGUGGAGAGCUGCUUCGGUAGCUCUGGUGUACCGCUGGCCGUUCCCGGCCGUGUACUGGUCGGCGAGGGUGUGCUGACCAAAAUGUGCCGCAAGCGGCCAAAGUCACGCCAGUUCUUCCUAUUCAACGACAUUCUCGUGUACGGAAACAUUGUGAUCGGCAAGAAGAAGUACAACAAGCAGCACAUCAUGCCGCUGGAGGAGGUGUCGCUGGACUCGAUUGUGGACAAUCAGCAGUACCGGAACGGCUGGUACAUACGCACCACCACCAAAUCGUUUGUGGUGUACGCGGCGACCAGCACCGAGAAGCAGGAGUGGAUGGCCCACAUCAACAAGUGUGUGGAGGAUCUGUUGCGCAAGAGCGGCAAGAAGCCCGUGGAGAAUCACGCCGCCGUCUGGGUGCCGGACACGGACGCCAGCAUCUGUAUGCACUGCAAGCGGACGCAGUUCACAUUCAUCCAGCGCCGGCACCACUGCCGCAGCUGCGGCGCCGUCGUCUGCGCCGGCUGCUCCUCGAAGAAGUUCCUGCUGCCACAGCAGAGCACGAAAUCGCUGCGCGUCUGCGAUGCUUGCUAUGAGCGUCUCAAGCAUGUGCCCAGCGGUGCUGGCGAGGAGUUGGCGGGCGCGACCGCUGGCGGCGUCAAGCACAAUGCCAGCGGUCAUGGCCCGGCGGGCGAUAGCUCCAACGAUGAGGACACUGACGAGGAGACGACCUCGCCGGGCGGCGAAUCGCACGACGAGCCGCGCUUCUACGGCGACAGCAGCGUGCUCUCCGCGGACGAUAGCCAAUCGACGAUAGCCGCUGCAACGCCAACAUCCUCCUCCUCCACGACGACCGUCAGUCCCAGCCAGAAUCCUGCCGUGGCCUCCUCAAUGACGGGCUCCCACUGUUGAGACAACAGACACAGGACGGACGGAGUUGCAGACGGACAAACACGAUCGGAUAACGGCAAGACGAACAACGGAAGCGAUGCGAGCAGGAGGAGAUCAAGGAGAUACGAAAGAUGACGGUAUUCAAGGCGCGUCCAAAUCCCUUCAAG